AGGUGAGGGGAUGGGGGGAGGGACCGGGACCUCCCGCGUCCCUCGGACCCAGCGGACAUUCAAGGAUAUGAGAAGCCGGGGCAGGACAGAAGGCAGCUCCUGACGACAUAGGUCCUCGGACCAAUUUGCCAACUCCUCCAGCACCACGGUGCUCGCCGGCUCCGCGCGGUCCUGAGACAUUCUCUCUGAGCAGAAACAAAAUUUGGCCACUUCAAAUGCGUCCCGCCCUUUCCUAGCGCCGGAAGUAAUCCUCCACCGUCCCGUCAUGCUUUGCGAAAUACCUCUCCCCACCCCCACUCCAAGAUCUUCACAGACGCAGGCGUCUGAUUGGAGCAGAGAGGAGCGGCGUUACUGCGCAUGAGCACGGAGCGAGCGCCCUCCCGGAAGUGGAGACGCUAAGCGUUCCCAAGCUGAGGAUGGAAUCUGAGAACCCGAGAUUGGACGUCUGCCUGGCGGGCAAAAUUGAGAGAUGAUGGAAGCACGCAAGGCAACAGUGAACUCAAGAACACUGAACUUGUGGAUACAGAUAGAGAUAUCUGGAGAGAGAUUUUUGACCACAGCAAGUCACUCAUGGCAUUUUUCAGGAAAAAUGUCUUUAACAAAUUCAUUGGAUGAGUUCUGAAAUUUCUUCAAAUAGUGACUUUUCACCACUACUUCAUAUUUUGCUUAUGGUUACAAAACACUUUGCAUUACCAGAGUUCUGUCCAGUUAAUGAGAAGAUGGCAUUCCAGUUUAAUUUUACCAUAGACAGCCACCUAGAAAAUGAAUUACCCAUCCUUGGAGAUGAGGCCUUAGGCCUGGAUACUUCAGGAAGGGCAUCAGUCGUGGAGAGUCAAAAAGGAAAACUGAAAGAUGGAAAAUGGUCCUCAAAAGAAUGUGACAAAUCAUCCGCAGAAGUUAAAGUUGUCUGUGACGACUCACUGGGUAAAUCAGAUGAAAUCACAAGGGAUCGAAAAGAAAAUCAGCCUUGUUUGAAAGUGGCCAAAGAACAUGAUGUCCCUAACGAUUUAAAGAAAGUGGUAGAAAAUAAAGUGGUAGAAGUUAUACCGGAUCUCCAACAUGUAAAUUUGUCAGUAGUGAAGAUGGCCUUUUUGAAAGACAACUCUUGUGGAGAAAACAUAGUAUCCAAAAGCCUUUCUUCUCACUCUGAUCUCAUCACAGGUAUCUAUGAAGGAGGUUUGAAAAUCUGGGAAUGUACCUUUGACCUUCUAGCUUAUCUAGCUGAUGAAGAAGUACAGUUUGCUGGGAAGAGAGUGUUGGACCUUGGCUGUGGAGCAGGGCUUCUGGGUAUAAUUGCCCUCAAGGGACAAGCUAAAGAAAUCCACUUUCAGGAUUACAAUAGCACUGUAAUUGAUGAAGUAACCAUUCCAAACGUAAUAGUGAACUCCACUUUUGAAUGCGAAGAUGAUGAAGUAUGUGAGCCAGAUUUGAAAAGGCGGAGGAACUCAAACCCAACACAAGAACUUUUAAGCAAGUGUCGAUUCUUUUCUGGGGAAUGGUAUGAGUUUUCCAAACUUGUGCUAAGCAGCAAAAAAGCUUUUGCAAAAUAUGACAUCAUUCUUACCUCUGAGACCAUUUAUAAUCCAAGCUAUUACAGUGCUUUUCACCAAACUUUAGCUAAUUUGUUGGAUGAAAAUGGACAAGUGUUUUUAGCAAGUAAAGCACAUUACUUUGGUGUUGGAGGUGGUGUUCAUCUCUUUCAGAAGUUUAUAGAAGAAAGGAAUGUAUUUGAAACUAGGACACUCAAAAUAAUUGAUGAAGGACUAAAUAGGAUCUUAAUUAAAAUAACCUUUAAGCAUGCCCACUGAAGUCCAAAUUCAGUAUCUUUUUGAAAUGUAUUAAACUGUUAAAAGAUUUUUGCUCCAAUAAUUAAUUUUCUGUCUCAGUCUCUUUAUGAAAUUAUCGGAGUGUUACCUUCCUUGUUUUCCCUUUUCUACAAAAUAAGAGGUCAUCUACACUAGCAUGAGGAGAAACAGGAAUAAUGAGAAAAUAAUACACCUAAGUACCCUUUAUUGGUUGAGCAUUUUGGGACUAAAUUCUAUGUUCUCCAUUUUCUUUAUGUUAAACGAAAUCAAUCUCCAAAGUAUUUACAAUCUGUUAUAUGAAAUUUGCAAGCUUCCUUCCCGACCUUUUAGACCUUAAUUCAAAGGUAGUUUCUAGUCAGAUGUGCUUGGUUUAUUUUUGUGUUUAUUUUUGUGAUUAAGAUAAGCAUCAGCAAAAAACGUUCCAGACAAACAUGAAGCAUAGCAUGUCCCAAAAGUCUUAGUGCAAUUUAAAAUUUUAAUGACUUACGAAAUGGUAUAGAUUUAGAAAAAAACAUUUGAAAUGUUAAUUAUCCAAAAUAAUAAAAUACUGAUCUGGUUAGUUUUCAAACCUUGUAAAAACUUUAAUCAGGGACUGCUAAGUGACAGAAAAGAUUUCAUUUGUAAUCCUGGCCUUAAGACCAAAAAGGUUUUCAUGCACACGUGACAGUUUUGGUGGGAUCUCAUAAGAAAAAGACUAAUGGAGAUGGAUCAAGUGACCAGGAGGCCUUCCUCUACCAAUCCAUUGGUCUGAGAAAGUAUCAUCAACUGUCAAACAGACAAUGCAUAAUGACAGCAUACUCCAUCUUAUAAAAUGUAUCAUUCAAAAAACUAAGUUGGUAUAAAGGAAAUUUUAAAAACUUUUAAAUGAUGUUUUUUGUAGGUUUGGAGCAUUUAUACUUCUGAAGUUAUUAAAGCUCACAACUUCCCCUAGACUUUGGGGACACCUUGUAUAGAAAGUAAUGAAAUUUAUUCUAGGAAUUUUAAAAAAAGUUUUUAUCUUGGGCAGUGGGUAGUUAUUUAAUCAAUUGCUGGACUUCAUGGAGAAAAGGAGAGGAGUAAGAAAUUAUGCAACUUUUCACUGAUCUAAUGGAAUUUGGGAUUUCCAAGGGUAUUAAUCAUCAAGCAUCUAUUUUUAUGUACUGGUGCUAAGGAUAUAAAUACAAUGAAUGAAACAAUCUCAUCUUACAGGGAAGAGACAAAGGAAUGAACUUCUGUAUGGAGCCUAUUAUGUGCUAAGCACUUUACAAAUAAUCUCCUUGAUCCUCACUACAACUCUGGGAGGUAACUGAGGAAACAGGUAAAUGGAUUAAGUGACUUGCCCUGAGUCAUAAAAAUGUCUGAGUCAGGAUUUGAACUCAGGUCUUCCUCACUUUAGGCCCUGGAGGUACUUAAAGGUUGUUAGUUGCCCAGGAUUACUUAACCAGUAGGCAUCAGAGAUGGGACUUGAAACAAGGUAUUCCAGAUUCCAAAGUCUGUUCUUUAUUCAUUAUACCAUGUUUCUUUUCUACAUAUGCAAAGACAAAAACCUAAACAGUCCUUUCCCUCAAAGAGCUUACAUCCUACUGGGGAAGAUGGAGUGGUUCACAUGCAUAUAUGUUAUGGGGUGUAUGUAUGUUAGCACCCAUAUAUGUAUGGGAUGGUAAGGGAGGACUAAUACCUCUGGUGUGGGGACUUGUUGAACCCUUUUAGUUCUGCUCAUCCACCUUUGGUGACCAACCUGUCACCCAACUCUCACCUGUGGCUCCAAGAAGCUGCAUCAUGUACAACAGCCAUGCCCUGGUUAAAAAAAAACAAAAAACCAUUUCUGUAGACAGGUUACACCAGGUUGAGGGUAACCAGCAAGCCUCUAACCUAUCAGUGAGUGAGGGGGAUGUCUACCCCAAGUAUGUGAAGACUUUUCCUCAGUGGAAUGGGUAGGUGAGAACAAUUUAGCUUAGAGCCUGGUCAGUCAUCAAAGACACCAAUGUCAUCUACUUCAUUCUGGGCCACCGCCAGUUCUAGCUUUUGUCUUGUCACUGGACUUCGAUGACUGGAGGAGAAAGUGAGGCUGACAACUGUGCGACUUUGUCUCAAUUCCAAAUAGGUGCAAAUCAAGACAUUACUUUGUGAUGUCAUUAGUCCUCUUAGAAAAUGAAAGACAAACAACACAAAGUAAAUACAAAGUACAUAGGAAAUACAGAACAGAUAAAAAGUUAUAGAAAAUAAUGGUAAGAGGAAGAGAUAGGGGGCAGCUAGGUGGCACAGUGAGUAGAGCACCAGCCCUGGAGUCAGGAGGACCUGAGUUCAAUCUGGCCUCAGGCACUUGAAACAUUUACUAGUUAUGUGACCUUGGGCAAGUCACUUAACCCCAAUUGCCCUGCCUUCCCACCCCCCCCCCCCCAAAAAAAGAGGAAGAGGUAACUGGAAAGAUCAAGAAAGGUGAAGGCCAAGUCAUAGACAGUUUUAUAUGCCAAGCUGAAGUGUAUUUCUUCCUGUAUGUGAUACAGAACCACUAAAGAUUUUUAAGUAAGAAUAUUAACUUGUGUAGAAGAUAGACUGGAAGAGAGACUGGAUAUAGGGAGACUAAUCAGGAUUUUUUUUCAUUAGUUCAGGAGAAAAGUUAAAAAAAAAAAAAGACCUGAACAGCAGAGGCUGACUGAAGAAUGGAUGAAUAUAAAAUAGGACUAGCUAUCUCACUAUAUAUUGGGGGUGUGUAUCAGUAAGUCAGUAAUAACAAUGCAGAUGAUAAUUGUCAAAAUGCCUAUGUAGUUUUGUAUCAGAAAGUAUACGAGACUCUCCACAUUGCUACUACAGGGUGAGGGGUGGAGAGCAAACAGAAUCAAUGAUUCCCAAAUUGUGAACCUGGUUGACUGAAAGGAUUUUACUGUUAACAAAAAAUGUAACAAACUUUGUUUCAUCGCAGCACCAAAUUAUUGAGGACCCCCCCCAAAGAGCUUUUAUGCAGGUUAUGUCUUAUUUUCCAUAUUACAAAUUAAAACAGUAUUAUUAUGAAUACAGGUUUUGUUAUGCCCUACCCCCCCUUUCAGUUUCUCCAUCUCGCCCUAGCUCACCCUACUGUUUUCACUCCCAUCUCUACAGACUCCACUGUUUGUGUUCCCUUCUCCACGGAAAUAAUCCUGCCUCAGCUUGUCCCACUGUUUGUGUCUCCAUCUCCACGGAAAUCUAAUUGUGUUCUUUCCCUUUAAAUACUCCAUCCCUACCCCUACUUGCUGCUGUUCAAUUUGAGUAAUUACUCCAAACGGUCACGAGCUUCAAUAAAUCCACAUCUAAAUUUA